CUAGCGCUUGCUGCUCAAACGGCCAAUGAGCUAUGGCUCUCUUAGCCCAACCUGUGACCGUUGGCCUUAGUAGGUGUUGACUUUUACAUCCAUGGCGAAGUCGGCACGCCUGCUGUCGCUUGGCCUAAGGGCAUCAUCCCAGAUUGCAGCUACCCAACUCUGUGAAAUUCAGGGAACGGCCCUGCUUGUGGGGUCUGGCUACAGGGUCCCGCACUUGUUAAAUGCUAAGAAGCCGUGGUUUAAGUCCUUUGUGUCCGAGCCCGAGGAGGGGGAUUCGAUUGACGACACGUUUAGGGAGAAGCUUCGAAAGGUUGCGCACGUCGUCACAUUACAACAGGACCUGAAGCACGUGUCCGAAUUACAUGAUAGCAUAACCAGUGAAAAGCUUUUUCAGUUGAUUCUUGACAGGGGAGCAGCACGGGAUGCGAAGGAAGCCGAGGAGCUCGUAAUGGCAAUGCAGCGUGCGGGAGUAAUGCUGCUCCAUAACAAGCAAGCGUACCUCAGGCCCAGUGAGCUUGUCCAGCACUGCCUGCCGGACUUCUUGAAGGUGGAGGAGCUGAAAGCUAGGCUGGACGAUAUCGACGCAAAGCUGCAGCCGUACGAUGAGAUCAGCCGGAUCGCUGAAAAGAAGGCCUGGCGCCUGCUGUAUGUGGGCUGCUUUUUCAUCUGUCUGCAGCUCGCCGCCUUUUUGCGUCUGACAUACUACGAGCUUUCGUGGGACGUAAUGGAGCCCAUCGGUUACAUCAUCUCUUUGUUUUACACGAUGCUCGGGUACUUCUUCUUCAUCUACACGAAGGGCCAUCCCUUUGACCUGCACCCGGUCAAGGAAUGGUACAUACAACGCCUGAAGGGCGAGCGUUUGCUGUCGUCUGGUUGUGCGGAACUCGACGACGAGCGCUACCAUGCUCUCACCAAGGCGCGAGAUCGCUACUUGAAGCAGCUUCAGUUCCUCCAGAAACUGGAAAGCAGGCACGCUUCGGGAGCCACGUAAUAGGUGGUGUGCCUUGGGCUUAUCCGUCCUCCUUUGGCUUUGUGUGAACUGUACAGUUACUGAACGCACGAGCGUCUGUUGAGGAAGGACGUUUAUUCAUGAUACUACGCAUGCGCAGGACAAUUUUAUUGGUCUUAUCGCCUUGAUGGGCUGCGUCAAGGAGCAUGGCUCCCAUGCAUGAGAUUUUUGCCGACCACGGCUUUGUAUAUAUCCUCUAUGUGGUGUGUCGGAUCUGAUAAGGAGAGGUCCCGUGUGUCAUAAGGGAUUGGGUCGGAGUGUCGUUGCAAAGAUGAUUGGACAAUUUUGUAUGAGGUGUAGCUACACCUGUAGGAUGGGUUGGCGGAAAUGACGCAGAGGGAAAACCGGAUGCGUUGGGUCGGAGUCUUGACGUUAGAGUCGUUCCUAAGAAGCAACCCUUACGCAUUCAAAUGAAUGAACGGGUUUGUGAUUGGUUAUUGAAACCCUUGUUGUUCGCUGUGGUUGGUUGCCUUCCGGUGCUGGUUAGUAAUAUUCUAACUUCCGCACCUGCC